CGAGGGGUGAGAGCACAAAGCCUGGCCUGUGGGUUUUCUUCCCGUCCCCCACCAGCCAGAUUUAGCUGCUGACAGCUGCUUGGGAGUCUGCCGCCAGGGCCUGGCCCAGACCCGCCACCUCUCCUCAGUGACUCCUGAGCCACAGCCCCUCCAUGGCCCAGAAAGAAGAGGCCGCUGCAGUCACUGAAGGCACUGCAGCCGCUGCACCUGCCUCCCAGAAUGGGGAGGAUCUGGAGAACCUGGACGACCCUGAGAAGCUGAAGGAGCUGAUUGAGCUGCCACCCUUUGAGAUCGUCAAGGGGGAGCGGUUACCUGUCAACUUCUUUAAGUUUCAGUUCCGGAAUGUGGAGUACAGUUCCGGGCGGAACAAAACCUUCCUUUGCUAUGUAGUUGAAGUGCAGGGCAAGGGAGGCCAAGUGCAAGCAUCUCGGGGAUACCUAGAGGACGAGCAUGCAGCUGCCCAUGCAGAGGAAGCCUUCUUCAACACCAUCCUGCCAACCUUCGACCCGGCCCUGCGGUACAAUGUUACCUGGUACGUGUCCUCCAGCCCCUGUGCAGCUUGCGCUGACCGCAUUAUCAAGACCCUUAGCAAGAGCAAGAAUCUGCACCUGCUCAUUCUGGUGGGGCGACUCUUCAUGUGGGAGGAGCCGGAGAUCCAGGCUGCUCUGAAGAAGCUGAAGGAGGCUGGCUGCAAACUGCGCAUCAUGAAGCCCCAGGACUUCGAGUACAUCUGGCAGAAUUUUGUGGAGCAAGAAGAAGGUGAAUCCAAGGCCUUUGAACCCUGGGAGGACAUUCAGGAGAACUUCCUAUAUUAUGACGAGAAGUUGGCAGAUAUCCUGAAGUAGGCAACUGGGCUGGGCCUCAUGUCUGCCUGCUGCCACCAAGAGACAGCAGACAUGUAUGGCCAUUUGGGACAUGCCUGUCUUCCUAAUACCACUCAGAACUGGACAACAUUCGACACCAACCAAUCCUACUUGACAAGGCUCAGAGGACUCGAAAUACACCUCUCAUGAUACAAUUCA